AACUCCCAGGCUCCCGCGCGCCGCCACGCCCUGGCCACGUGAGCCGCGCGGCGGGGGUGCGGUAGCAGCUGCAGCCUUACCUAGGCUAGUCCGGAGCCGCGAGCGGACUGACGCGACCCGGGCGGCCGCCCAGUGCGCGCACCAUGGCGAUGCAUUUCAUCUUCUCAGAUGAGGCUGUGCUUCUGUUUGAGUUCUGGAGAGUCCACAGUCCUACAGGCAUGGCCCUCUCAGUGCUGGUUGUCUUGCUCCUGGCUGUACUGUAUGAAGGCACCAAGGUUGCCAAAGCCAAGUUGCUCCACAAGACUCUGGAGAACCUGCCUAAUACGACGAGCCAGCAGCUCAUCCUGGAAUCAGACCAGGACUCUACAGGCUCCAGAUCAACUCCAGCCGAUGGCCACCGCCUCAGGUGGUUUUUGUGUUACUUUGGCCAGUCCCUAGUCCAUGUCAUUCAGGUGGUCCUUGGCUACUUUGUGAUGCUGGCUAUAAUGUCCUACAACACCUGGAUUUUCCUCGGUGCGAUCGUGGGCUUGGGUGUGGGCUAUUACCUAGCCUACCCACUUCUCAGCAUGACUCAGUGGGCCAGUAGGUGCUGAGAGCUGGGGCCGCGCUCCAGGCACUGUACUUCCAGCUGCUGUUUCUUAUGAUGGCCAUUGCUCACCUCUUUCCCAGUUCCUGGCAGCAUUGAGCUGAAGCCAGCAAAUGGUCCAUGGAGCUUAGAGGCCAUUGGAGCUACCUCCCCUCCCAACCUGGACUACAAAGGGCCCAGGCCUCCUAUGGUGCCUUAAGCAAGUGGCUGUGACCAAAGGGAACAUGGAGACUGGAACCUGGAGGCAGAGUAGCCAGGCUGUGAUCAUAGAUCUCAGACUGCAAAUUAAAAUUUUCCAGAGAGCUUCAGUGAGGAAGGCCAUGGAACCUGGAUACCCUCUUCUGCUUUGUGCCUUAAUGCCAGGGGCAUCUCCAGUCUUGGGGGAUGGACCAUGCCAGCACCUUCUCACCUUUUUGCCUUGGAACACAUAAAGACUGCCAUUGACAAAACAAGUUUUCACUUUGAACUCCUGAUUGGCAAUUUUGCACAUCCAUACAAAACAAAGUUCGUAAUGAACUCACUGUGUUCAUGAUGACACCAGUGCUGCAGCAGGUCAGUCUUGUGACCAGGGCCUUCCCCAGUCCUCUUGUCUGCAACACAGAGAACAGCAUUUCCUAGCAGAGCUGGCUGCCUCUUACUUCUUACUUGCUGCUGACACCUAAUGACUUGGUAGGGAGCUAUGAGUCAGUCACUGCAGUACUGAUUCGGCAGGGGUGUGUGUGGGAGGGGUGCUGACAGAUGCAAUAAGCAGUCAAACCAAAGCCAGGUCAUGUUAAGAGUUAAGUGAACUCCAGGUAUUUGAGCCUUUUCACUUUACAGAAAAAAGUUAAGAGACAGGAAUGGGGAUACAUACCUGUAAUCCCCAGGAGGCUGAACCUGGAGAUCAUGGGCUUGAGGGCAGCCUGGUCUACAUAGAGGUCCAGGCUAGCCUGGGAUGCAUGGUGAAACAUACACACACACACACACACACACACACACACACACACACACACACGGCAGUCAUUGCUUCAUGUAUAGCGUCUAUAUUCCAGUACCUUACUGACUCAAUGAAAAGAUGGUUUUAAGCUUUGGGAAUUAUAAUCAAAUACACUUUAAUAAAUUUCUAUUUUGAACAGUC